CCAUCAGUGGGGAAUGACAUGUUCCAGAUUCAGUUCUACACUGAGACCUUUCAUAGCUACACCACUCUUGUUCUCAGAGAUGGUGCUCAGUUUAACAGUGGAGCUGAGGGAGUGUACAGUUGCAUCAUCCCCGAUGAGAAUGGAGUGGAGCAGGUCUUGCAUUUUGGUCUCUAUGACUAUGGAUUCACCUCUGGUGAGACAGCACUUUCUAUAAUCACCUCUAUGACAGAAGAAACUACUCUAUAUAAACAAACACAAACAUGCUCUACACCUCUCAAGCCAUCCAUACUUAAGAGCAUAGAGAAUAAGUUAGCGGCAGAGCUAGAAAAGGGUUGCAAAGAA